AUGGCAGAAGCACUAGCAGCAGCUUUCACAGAUAACCUCUUGAGUUGUAGCAUCUGUCUGGGAGAGUAUGAGGACCCCCGUGUGCUCCCUUGCUACCAUACAUUUUGCUAUGGUUGUAUAUGUGAUCAUGCUUCGCGCACACUGACUCCAAAUAAGACAUUUCUGUGUCCCAUUUGUAGAGUAGAGGUCCAGUUUCCAGCUGGUGGACUUAAUCAACUGAAGAAGAAUUUUGUCUUCAGCAAGGCCAAGGACAUCAUAACCAAACAACAAGAGAGACAGACAUUAGAAGAAAAACAGUCCAAUGCAGCAACAGUGACACAGGCCAUUGCACAGAUGACCAUCAGUUGUGAGAAACAUCCUAACAGUGAAUUAAAAUAUUACUGUGAAGAUGACAAUACUGUUGUAUGUGGUGACUGUGCAUCAACAUAUCAUUACAGACAUGGUAUUGUACCAGUUGGUAAAGUUGCAAAAAGUAAGAGAGAUAAAAUUACAGUAGCCCUAGUAAAAACCAUGAAAACAAUGAACAGGUUUAAAGAGGCACUUGUCAUGGAAACUGCCAAUGAAACCGAGGACUCUCAUAUCAGGAUAGCCACAAUCAAAGAAGUUAAAGAACAAGCUGAAAGUUUGCGCAAAUUUAUUGAUCAAAGGGAAGAGACACUGAUAUCAGAAGUGAAUUCUGCUUACGAUAUCAGAAAGAAGCAGAAGGAGGCAAACAAGAACAUACUAGAAUUCCACCAUACAUCACUGCAAAGUGCCUGUGACUUUGCCCAUGGACUUAUCGCUAAUGGCACUGACUCUGAUAUCAUGGUUCACGCAAAAUCUCUGACAGAGAGACUGGCAUUGAUGGAGAAAACACCUGUCCCAACUCUAGACACACCAGCACAGAUAUCAUACAAACCUGGUAAGAUAUCUACUGACGGACUGGAAGCCAUGUUAGGACAGGUACAGACACAACCUCCAUUAGCUGGACAGGGAACAUAUCCGAGAUCAGCACGAUAUCCUCCUGUUUUCUUUAGAGAAGGUAAAGUGUGA